AACCUAUAACAUGCGAGUUUUUAUUUGAUUAAAGUUACCUACUAUAGUUGAUUCUGUCCAAUUAUUAAUCAUUACAAUUUACAUCACUUACUACCUUGCAAGAACUGCAUGUACUUGUUGUCCAAUAAAACUUAGAUAGAAACAUAAUUUCUUACCAAAAGGUCAUUUAGUUUGCUUGAAAAUAACGAGCCAAUCAGAGAAUACACAGUAGUAAAAAUAAUUGGUGCUGAUUAUAACGGAGGUGACGUUUGUGUGAGCAGGCAGGUGAGCUCAUUGUUUGCAUGCGUCCGCUGCGAGAGCUGGUCGCUUUAGUGUUCGCGAAAGUUGCCGCCAUGUCACCGCCGCCACUACCUCAGUUCCUCCAAGGAGAAGUGGUCAAAGGUUUCGGUCGAGGGUCCAAGCAAUUAGGUUGUCCGACUGCAAAUUUCCACUUGGAGGUGGUGAAGAAGCUGCCGCGCGGGUUCGAGCCGGGGGUGUACUACGGGUGGGCGCAGGUGGACUCGGGCCCGGUGUACAAGAUGGUCGCCAACAUCGGCUGGUGCCCCUUCUACAAGAACGAGGAGAUGUCUGUCGAAACUCACAUCAUGCACAAAUUCAGCAGCGAUUUUUACGGCGCCAAUCUGAAAAUUGCUAUCGUUGGAUAUUUGAGAGGAGAAAAGAACUUCGAUUCUCUGGAUGACCUGAUUAUCGCCAUAAAGCAGGAUAUUGCGGACGGCGAAGACCGACUGGAAGAGCCUGACGCAAGACUAGUCAGAAACCACAGCUUUUUCACAACAGAAGUUGUCACAUAAGUGACGGCCUUACUAAAGUUCCAUGCACACCUGCACAUGCGCGAUGGCGGGAGCGUUCUGCGUGAUUUUUUGAUAUUUUUAGGGUUAAUAUUGAGCCGCCAAAGGCCCCUGACAUGGCUCAUGUAACGACUACUUACUUACACCAGUAAGUAGUACCCGGGACCAACGGCUUAACGUGCCUUCCGAAGCACGGAUCAUCUUACUUUUUGGACAAUCAGGUGAUCAGCCUGUAAUGUCCUAACCAAACUAGGGAUCACAAAGUGAUUUUUGUGAAAUGUCCCCACCGAGAUUCGAACCCGGGAACUCCGGAUCGUAAGCCCAACGCUCAACCACUGGACCACGGAGGUCAUUAUAGAAAUUAUAGCUACUCAUUCCUAUGAGUAGCUCUUGCAUGCAUCCGUUCUCACAUACCUCCACCGCGGCGGCACGUUGUUUUGUCAUACAAAAUCACGCUACCAAUUAUGUGAAGACCUCUAAACGCUCCCGUUAUCGCCCAUGUGUUUGUUUGUCUAAAUAUCUAAUCUAAACAAAGAAAAUCUUAUGAACGAUAUGGUAAUAGGUAAAUGCUAUGUUAAUUUUCGUAGAUAUGUAUAAUAGCAAUAUUUUUUUAUACCUACAUAUUUACUAGUAUAUAGGUAACCUAUCUAUAAUAUACUUACCUAUGUAUGGUAAUUUACUCGAUUACUAUGCCCCGAAACAUUUAACAUUACGAGUUAUUACUUUUAUAUUUUAUGUAUUAUUCGUUACUUUUGUUGCACUGUUUGAUUAUUUUCUUUGGGAUGAGUUUAAAUCACAAUAUAUUUUAGCAAUUUUAUUAGAUAAUGUAAUGAAAAUUGUUAUAAUAGUUAUAAAUGUUAUUUAUGUUAAUAGCUAUGCAUAAUUAUCGUCGCGUCGGAUGUGAUUUUUGUUAACAAAACCUCUCGAUUAAAAAAUGAUGGUCGAAAUUUUUACCCGGAUUGAAAUUAAUUGAAAGAAACAUCAGUAUGUGAUUUUUAUAAAACGUUUCCUCUAUAAGACGACGAUAUUAGCGAUGUGUCUAUUAUCGGUUUGGUAUAUACAGAUACUGAAAUAUUUGUGGGUUGAUAACCAAUUACCACCCAAGUUAACAUAUCCAUCCAUCUUGAGAUGAAUAUCCGGCGUAGCUGCGGCUUGUCUUACCGUGCAUCCACACCGCAGUUACUUUUUGUAGUUCAACGUUUUCAAAUGUUACAACCGACAGUAAAAAGUUAUUUAAAGAGCCACAAAAGUUACAUUAUAGUUACCUAAUGUUACCGUGUUGCAUUGUGUUGCUCCACAAAAGUUAACUGCGGUGUGGAUGCACGGUUAUUGAUGAAUUGUGGGUCUGCCCACCCUGACAGGGAUACGGGCUUGACUUUAUGUACGUACGGUAUAGUUAUAUGAUUUUCACGGUAUAUUUUUAAAGGCCACACUUGUUUUCAUUUGUAACUUAGGUCCAUUGACCUCGUUUGUAAACGCACACUAUAAAUAGUAUGUCAGUGCUUAGGUCUAAUUAAUUUCAAACAACUAAGUAAUAGGAGUCCAACAUUACUUUUACUGCCACUAAUCUUUAAUUGCACAGAUACUUAAUACCUAAUAACUUACUUAAUAAACAGCAAUAGUUUAUGAAUCAAGCAAGCACUGAAGCAAGCAGCAACAUCCUCUCAUUAAUAGUUAGCAAUCAAUAUGUCGGAAGUGAGAUCGGUAAUCAUACCUACUUACUAUUUACCUUGUCUUUGGUUGCGAUGUCUUGUAUCUGGUUGUGGCUAGCAAACGAGAAAAAUAAAAGAUUGGUUAAAGUU